GGAGUCAACUGUGUUCUUUUCGUCACGUCAAUUGUGAUUCUCUUCAAGCAAGGAGGGCGGCGAGGACUCAACGUCCUUCUAGUUGUGACUAACAUAUUCUUGUUUCUCGGCUGCACGACCCAUUUCAGCAUACAAUUCAAUCACUACUACACCACUUUGGGAUCAACGGGAGUGACAGGCUAUGCCAACGAAACACUCCUGAUGUUCGGCGGUGACAUCCUAAUGUCCAUUAUCGAUUUUGUCAGUGAACUCAUUCUGUGCUAUCGCUGCUGGGUCUCGGACAUGCUGCCACUUUCAGCAUGCAUCCAUGGUCUCGCCCAUCUAGUUCUCAGUACCGUGCCCACGGUGCUGGUCCUGCCACCUGCGCUGGUGUGGCUUGGACUCAUGGGCUACAUCUUAGCACUGUGCAUGAAUGUGCUCAUAACUGCACUCAUUGUCGGCUGCAUAUGGUAUGUGUCGCGUCACUGCCGGAACAUCAUUGUGGGUGCAAGCGGCACUGCGAAGGUGAUCAGCAUACUCGUCGAAAGCAGUGCAAUAUACCUCAUCAUGCAGCUUUCGUAUGUCACCUUGUUUGCUCUCGGUCUCCCCACAGAACAGAUCGCCGGCCUCGCGACAGUGCAGAUAUAUGUAAUAAUACUCUUUACUCACUCUCUUUUUCACCCAGCUUAUCCAGUCUCCCUCAUAGGGCAUCUGUCACAGUAUUAAGUGGCACCUUUCUUUUUGCACCAUUAAAGUCCUCAUUUGAGUGGUUAUUCAGAUGCCAACCUUCAUAUUGGUCUCGCAACGUGGAUACUUGAACAAACAGCACAAUGCCGCCACAUACAUCACGGACAUGAC